ACUCCCAUUAAAGUUCUGCAUUUUGCAGUUAUGUCCCAUGGGCAUGUUUAAAUCAUACACUCAAAAUAUGCCUUGUGGUUUACAGAUCCUCGUCUUUAAUCUUGUUUUCAUUUACUUCCCCUGGAAGUCAUAAACAACUAUUUUACUCUACACAGCAGGUUUUUUAUCUUGGUCCCUUCAUUCAUUCUGCUAUGGACGACCCUGAUGGCUUCACCGGGGAACUGCAGUCUGCACUCGAUGUUCAGUCCUGGAGGCUGUGCGUGAGAGAUGCAGUGUGGCUCAGGAACCAGGUGGUGGCGCCAGUGACAGAGGAGCUGGUGUUCAGAGGAGCCAUGCUGCCCAUGCUGGUGCCCUGCGCUGGACCCACAGCUGCCAUCUGCGUGGCUCCGCUGUUCUUUGGUGUUGGUAUGGCAACAAGAUUUUCAGACUGAAAACAAGUCAGAUUUACAUUUUAGAUAAAUUCUUGGUAUAAAUUCAUGGCAAACACUGUGACUGAUGAUGAAUUAAAAACAAUUAAACUGCUGCUUUAUUUACUUUAGUUCUUUAUGGCAAAAUACAGUAUACAACAGAAGUAAGUACAAUCCUGUG